UUCUGAUUGUGAGGAUGUAAACACACAUUUAAUCUCCAGAACACUGAAUAAUCUGCUGCAGGAGAGGAUUCCGUUCAUCUUUAUAAACAUGUCUUUAUAUUCUCUUGUCGCUCUGCUGUGUGCUGUCAGUGCUGGUCCAGUUCUGUUGGAGGAGAGUUCGGGGUGUCUCUCCAGAUUCAAACAGCUUCAUGAUGGGCAGCAGGUGACCGUCCACAUGCCCCCGAACAUCACAGGACACUGGGUGUCCAACAGCUGUGAGGUGAGACCCGGCCCAGAGUUCCUCACUCGCUCCUAUCACUUCUACUCUAACGACACCUUCGAGGCGCUGCAGUUCUAUUACCAGGACAACCACUGCACCGAUCCCAGCUUCACCCUCCUGAUCCAGGGCAGCGUCCGCCCACGCCAGGCCUCAUGGGCGAUCCGCGGGGGCACAGAGUCCGAGUACCACCUGACCCACGUUCAGCUGCUGUGUCACGGGCCGGCGGCGGCAUCACAUGUGCAGAGACAACUAGAGACAGCAUGCGACCUCCGGCACCCGCUGCAGCCGGGCCUGACCUACCAGCUGUGGGACAAGGAGUGGGCGUCGCCGGGUCAUGACUGCACCCGUGGCUUAGACUUCAGCAUGCAGGAACUGCAGCUCAUGCGGCUGGAGAGGCGCCAUCACCAUGGCGACCCCAGCAGACAAGCGGAGGAGCUGUUCCUAGGAGACGUUCACACGGAGCGCGCUCAGAGGAGACUUCACCAGCCCUCUGGCUACCAGACCCCCCUACAGAGUGCCAAGGUCGAUGAGCGUCGCUGUGGAAUCUGUGGAAUCAUCGCUUUGGCCGAUCUUCAUCAUCCACCUGUCUUACCAUCCCAGAGCAACCGUCCUGUGCGUCUCCAUGGAAACUGGGUGAGCACACGAUGUGAAGUGCGGCCGGGCGUCCUCUUCCUCACCCGACAUCUGACCUUUCAGGAGGACAGGAGCAUCUGGGAAGGACAGUACGAGCAUUUCUCCGAUCCCCUGUGCCGACAUCCGGCCUUCAGCAUCACAGCCAGCGGACAAUACAGCCGAGGAGUUCCUUCAAACACAGUCAUGGGCGGCGUAGAGUUUACCUUCACAGUGACCCACAUGAAGGUGACGCCCAUGGACGUGGCCACCACAACCCUCCUGAACAUCUUCAGUGGGGAUAAGUGUGGCGCAGAAGGCUCCUGGAAGCUGGGCGUCUCACAGGACGUGACCGCCACCUCUGGAUGUGCCCCGCUGGGCAUCCGUCUGCCACACACCGAGUAUGAGCUCUUCAGCAUGGGUCAAGACUCUGAGGGACACGGUCUUCUGUAUAACGGCCAGAGACCGACCAACGGCAAGAGUCCAGACCGACCGCACAGACGUGCCACGUCCUACCAGCCGCCGCUGAUGCACUGCAACACCGGCCAGAAGGGGGAGCCACGCGUGGGACAGGAGGGAGACCAGUAUUUCAGACUCGGCAACGGAUGCAACUCGGAAAAUCUCGGAGACUCAUUCAACCUCAGCUUAGUCCUCAUAUUAAUCAGUUUAAUGUAGCCGGGAUAGAACGAGUGUGUCUCCGGAGAGACUUCGGAUCCGUUUGCACUAGUUGAGGAAACUCAGACAUCUAAACAAUCACGAGCAGCCCAAACUUUGUCUGCCUUGAGAAAUACAUCUUUUAUCAGGACAACUAAAAUAUUCCGUGUUUUUCCAUGAAAAUGAAAUGUGCUUUCCAUGUCUCAGUUCGGGCAGCUCGUGACUGAUGCAUGCACACUAAUGUAGUCCAGUGAAAAUGACUUCCUGUUCAUUCUGACACGUCCUCGUACACACUGUAGUGCAUCACACAACUAGACCUGAAAUGAUUUAAUGGAUGAUCAAUGGAUGCUUUAAACAGCCUGUAAAUUGCAGGACUUCUGAGGAGGACCUGAAAGAAACCUCGUACCAGCUCUUAAGUGUCUUUAUGGUUCGAUUAACAAAUCUUUUAGCAAUUUUAAAUAACAGUGGACAAUGUUUGGAAACAUUUUGACAUUUACUGCCAGCGUAAUCAAACAAUGAAAUUAUUUAAAAUAUCAGGAGGGUGAACAAUUUGGCAUUUGUUCUUCCCGGAAUAUUUUAGAUAUUAAAUUGGUAAGAAAUUACCAAAACAACAAACAAAAAAAGAAAAAACGUGCUGAGUGACUCCAGUCAGGUCGCCUUAGCAACCAAAUUGGCCCGGUUGCUAGGGAGGGUAGAGUCACAUGGGGUAACCUCCUCAUGGUCGCUAUAAUGUGGUUCUCGCUCUCGGUGGGGCGUGUGGUGAGUGACUCCAGCCAGGUCUCCUUAGCAACCAAAUUGGCCCGGUUGCUAGGGAGGGUAGAGUCACAUGGGGUAACCUCCUCGUGGUCGUGAUUAGUGGAAUUACUGUCUGAAGUCACAAGUUCGAAUCCAGGAUGUGCUGAGUGACUCCAGCCAGGUCUCCUUAGCAACCAAAUUGGCCCGGUUGCUAGGGAGGGUAAAGUCACAUGGGGUAACCUCCUCGUGGUCACUAUAAUGUGGGGUUCUCUCUCUCGGUGGGGCGUGUGGUGAGUUGUGCGUGGAUGCCGCGGAGAAUAGCGUCCACAUGCGCUACGUCUCCAUGGUAACACACUCAAGUCACGUGAUAAGAUGCGCGGAUUGACGGUCUCAGAACUGAGAUUCAUGUUCCGCCACCCGGAUUGAGGCGAGUCACUACGCCACCACGAGGACUUAGAGCGAAUUGGGCGUUCCAAAUUGGGGGAAAAAGGGAGCUCCAUAGUGCUGAAACUUUACAGUCAAGAUGAGGGUCUUUUCACAGCGCCUGAAGCGAUGGCUCGAGGUUAGAGUAUGUUAAUACCGUUAGUAACUACUCUGAGUUAUGACAGUUGUCCAUUGGGUAAUUUUUGACCUGUAUUAAAAACGACUGAAAAUGCAAAAAUACUCAAUUAGAAUGUUUGAAUAUUGACAUACUUGAAUAUUAUAUUCAAUAAGUCACCAUUGGGAGCCCCAUUAUACCCUAUCAAAUAAUGUUAGUAGACUUAUUUACGAACAUAUCACCCGUUCAAAUAAAUAAAUACUCUGUUGACAUGUGCAUGAGUGCACAAGCCACGUCUGGGAGGAAAGUUAGAAAUAUGUGUGGAGAAUGCAGGAGCCAGUGGAGCAGGCAAGUGGGGGGCGCUAGAGAACAGGAUGGGUCACAAAGUCACAAGGGCACAACGGGUUCUUACCACACAGGUCAAAACUGAGCAGAGACAAUGGAAGAAAACAAUUGUUUUAAACUGUUAUUUAUCUUAAAGAAUUAUAAACAACAACAAAUAUUUGGUUUGUUUUGAUGGUCACAAUAGCCUAGUUUCCAUCCAUCUUUUGCACUAUUUUGUUAUCAACAAAUUGAAAAUGUCGAGAUAUGAUACGAGAUAUUAGUGUUGCACUCCUGGAAGUGUCACAGAUCGGAUCUAUAUGCCAUAAAGAUCAAUCCAUAAUCACGUACAAUAAAUGAGAUUUCAAUUCUGUUGUCAUGGUAACACGGGCUAACGUUUGAGGCAAACUCUGUCAUGAACAUGCUAGCAACUUGAUAACACAUGCUAACAUCACCUAGCGAAGUGUUAAAACAUGUUAAAAAUGUUCUAGCAUCAUGAAAACACAUGCUAGCAUCGCCUAGCAAAGUGUUAAAACAUGCUAAAAAUGUGCUAGCAUCAUGCUAAUACAUGCUAGCAUCGACUAGCGAAGAGUUAAAACAUGCUAAAAACGUACUAGAAUCAUGCUAACACAUGUUAGCAUCGCCUAGCGAAGUGCUGAAACAUGCUAAAACAUGUUAGCAUCAUGCUAAACAUGUUAGCAUUGCAUACCAAAAUGCUAAAACAUGUUAAAACGUGCUCGCAACAUGCUAAUACAUGUUAGCAUCACCUAGCAAAGUGCUAAAACAUGCUAGCAUCAUGCUAACACAAACAUAACAUCUAAAUGCUCAUCAUUAAAAACACAUGCUAGAAACAUUCUAUGACCAUUAUUUUAGUGCUUAGCAACAAGUUAGAAAAUGCUAUUUGACGAGUUUUGCCAUGGCAAACACCACUCACAUUUUCUUCAGGAAAUGUACCUAUCUAGUUAUGACUGUCAACUAUUAUUUUGAAUGGUGUGAAAAGCAACUUUAAUAAAUAAAUGGAUGUCUACAGCGAUUAAAUUAAAUCACAAACAGUGUUCAUUCAUUUGUUCUCCUUGUACAUGUUGAUAACCGGAGCAUGAUACGAGAGAUUUGUGUUGCACUCCUGGAAGUGUCACAGAUCGGAUCUAUAUCCCGUAAAGAUCAAUCCAAAAAAUAUAUGACAUUUUUGCAUUAAUGCCAAUUUUAUCGAUAAAAACUGUUUCCAAACCAGUUUUUCACGACAUUUGAUGUAUCGACAGCGUUUAUGUGCUUGAGUUAAACGGAAAAAUAUGACGUCGACAUUUGUGACAUUUUAGCGCUAAACUUUUCCCACCAAAAAUCCUUGUAUGGAAAGGGUUUGAUGGUUUGACUGUAUUUGUACCAUAUUCACACCUGUCCCGAGUCAAAAAUGACCCCAUGACAAUAAGAGGGUUAAACUGUUUGUCGUUGCUCAUUUUG